AUGGCAAGCUACAGCCCUUCUUCUGACCAGAAAUCAGACACAUUGGAGGCUGGAAAUGUCGAGGAUUUCAAAGUUCAUGUUUUUAAAUCAUCAUCCGAGUUGCUUGAAAAGCUGCACGAGAAGUGGAGUAAGGUUGAAAAACAACCAUACCCAGCCAUGUAUUCCAGCACUUAUGGUGGAAUUAUUCUUGAUCCAGCUUUGAUGGUAAUUCCAAUAGAUGAUCACAUGGUUCAUCGAGGCCAUGGUGUGUUUGACACAGCAAUUAUCUUAAAUGGAUUCAUCUAUGAACUGGACAUCCACCUAAACCGCUUCCUCAGAUCAGCUUCAAAAGCAAAGAUUUCCUCUCCCUUCCCUCGAUCAACUCUUCGAAGCAUUCUUGUGCAACUGGCUGCAGCAUCACAGAUCAAGAAAGGAACUCUAAGAUAUUGGUUGAGUUCAGGUCCUGGAAACUUCUUGCUCACGCCUGCAGAGUCCUCAACACCAGCAUUCUAUGCAGUAGUCAUCGAUGAGAACUUUUCUCAGUGCAAAGAAGGAGUUAAAGUGAUUACAUCCACUAUUCCCAUGAAGUCACCAGACUUUGCAACAAUGAAGAAUGUAAACUACCUUCCAAAUGUCCUUUCAAAGUUGGAAGCUGAAGAGAAGGGAGCCUUUGCUUCCAUAUGGGUUGAUGAGGAAGGUUAUAUAGCAGAAGGUCCAAAUGUGAAUGUUGCUUUUAUAACUCAUGACAAGGAGCUUGUAGUACCCUUCUUUGAUAAGAUCCUUAGCGGUUGUACUGUGCUAAGGCUUCUUGAACUAGCACCAAAACUGGUUGAGCAGGGGCGGCUAAAAGGGGUGAAAACUACAAAUCUUACUGUGGAAGAAGCCAAAAGCUCAGCUGAAAUGAUGUUUGUAGGAAGCACACUUCCUGUUUUGCCAAUUAUCGUGUGGGACGAACAACCCAUCGGAGAUGGUGGGAGAACUGACAAUGGCACUCUCAGAUCUGGUUUGGGAGGAUAUGGUAGCAGGCCCGACUGGUACGCAGAGGAUAGCUGUUCCCUACAUAUAGGGGUAAUCAAUUUCAGGAAGGCUGAAGGAAGGCUGAAGGAAGGCUUCUUGCAUCUAGCUGCCUCAUUGCUCAUUGUCCCUGGUGUUACAAUUGCCUUCAUCUUUGAUUUCUUUGAUUGUGAAGAUGGAAAAAAAUGA